CUGGGACCGCAUCGACGGGUCGAGCUAAUGAUUGAUGACAACAGACACACAGAUCUGCUGCUUUUGCUCAUGAGCAGCUUUUAUUCUCUUUCAGCUGCUUUUUAGUUUGUCUGCUUUCAUAGUUAUGUCAAAAUGAGACGAAAGUCCCUUUUUCUGCUCCUUCUCCUCCUCUUCUGCUCUGAAACGCUUGCAGGAAAACAAAAGCCUAAAAGAAAAACCACCACAACAGCACCAAAACCUGCAGCGACAACACCUGCAGCAACAACGCCUCCUGCAACAACACCUGCAGCAACAACACCUGCAGCGACAACACCUGCAGCGACAACACCUGCAGCUUUAACCACCAAAGCACCACACACUGAUGAAUAUCUAGGAGAGUGCCAGAAUAAAAGGUUGACCCGGGACUCAUGUGGCUUGGCGUUUUGCCUCCCUUGGCAGCGCUGCAUUGAUGGACAGUGCACCUGUAAACCACCCUACCAGUGUCCCAUGGAAGGCAUGAAACCCGUUUGUGGAAACAAUAACAGGAACUACAGGUCCUUCUGCCAGGCGAUGGCCCUCUCAUGUCGGACCAAGAAACCCCUCUUUUCACAUUUUGGAGAACAGUGCAAUGCAAAUGUAAAAAAAUUUGAAAGUUCCUUGGACUACGAGACAGGGGUGGUCAGGAUCUUUCUUCCUGGAAGCACCGGACAGGGAGAAUGGUUACUGGUCUGUCAGGACAUGUGGGACAUGGCGGCUGCUAACGUUGCCUGCAGGGAGAAGUCACACUCUUUGGGUGCAGCAUCUGCAGAAGCCAGGGUGUACAACGACCUGAUGAUCAACAGCGACAUCACAAACCUUCCUGGGAGCUGCGUUAGCAUCCGGUGUCAGGGCUACGAGACAUCGCUGGCUGAGUGUGAAAUCUACGACAAGGUGGACGCUGUUGACAUGAUGGUGGCUGCAGCAACCUGCUACAUAUCCGCAGAAUGUGGCUUCACCUGUGAAAACACGAAGUGCAUCUCCCUGAACCAGACGUGUGACGGAGUCGAUGACUGUGGAGACCGGAGCGAUGAAAUGUGCUGCAAAAAAUGCAGGAACGGAGCGUUCCACUGCAAGACGGGCAUCUGUGUGCAUAAAGACGGAGUCGGUGACAACCAGCUGGACUGUCUGGAUGGUGCAGAUGAAGCCGUUAAACACACGACUGCAGCGUCUAAUGAUGCGAACCAGGCACGUGGACCUACAGCUUAUGUCUCCCGUAAAAACGAAACCAGAACCAACAGAAUGAUUCUGGAGUCCCAGCUUCACUGUGGGAUUCCCAACAAGACCUUUGAGGGCUCUGAGAACUCACAUGACAGAGGACAUUCCAGUCGAAGGAAGAGGGUGGUGGGGGGGGCCGAAGCCAGGCCGACCCAGAUCCAGUGGCAGGUUGCCCUGGAGGAGAACCAGAGGAUCGACUGUGGAGGAGCGUACAUUGGAGGCUGCUGGGUCAUCACUGCUGCUCAUUGUGUCAGGCCCAGGCCCUCUGCUUUCAGAGUCAAGUUCUCUCUUUGGAAAAAGUUUCGAGCUCAGGGAACGACGGACAUCGUUCCCGUGGAAGAAAUUCGUAUCCAUCCAAACUACGUCGCAAGCACCUACGAAAACGACAUCGCUCUGGUCAAGCUGGAGAAGCUGCCGUUCACAGACAAAUGUCUGUUGGACAAUCCCGCCAUCAGACCCGUGUGUGUCCCCUGGUCCACUCACCUGUUCCAACCCAACCACACCUGCAGCAUCUCAGGCUGGGGGCGAAACAAAGAGGGGAAGGCAGCUCAGGUGCUGCUCUGGGCCAACGUGUCGCUCAUCGCUGGAUGUGAAUCUUCCUACAAAGACCGGUUCAAGCCGGGCAUGAUAUGUGCAGGGGACGUGGACGGCCACGUGGACUCGUGUCAGGGAGACAGUGGAGGUCCGCUGGUCUGUGAGGACGAACUCGGGGUGUCCUACCUGUGGGGCAUCGUCAGCUGGGGGGAGAAGUGUGGCCAGCCUGGGUUCCCUGGAGUGUACACUCAGGUUGCUCAUUACUUCGAGUGGAUCAGGCUUCACACCGGAUGGCCAGCAGUCACCAGGUUCAACUCCUAGCCCUGACCCUGACCAACACACACCUCUCACUGCUUGCGUGUGUGUGUGUGAGGCUUUGAUACGUGGAUCUUCUCAUUUGCAUUUAAAUAUAAUAAAACACAGUUCCAGUUUGUCUUGUUAAAAGA